AGUGUGUGUGUGUGUGUGUGUGUGUGUGUUUUUAAAUGCUCCGCUGUGGCCUCGUGUGUGUCUGCAGGUAAACGUGCGUCCUGCGAGCCGGACGUCUGUCUGCAGAAGCAGCUCGAGCGCUUUGAGUGGCAGCUGAGGAUUUUAAAGGAGGCCAAUGGGAACCCGGAGAGGGCGGAGCUUCUGAGACGCCACGCCAACGAGGAGGUGUGCGCCCUCGUCCUGAGCAUCCUCGACAAGGUGAAAACAGAGACGACGGCUGAUCUGAACGUCCUGCACGAACAAAAAAGUCAAACAGCGACUGAAGAACACGAGAGGAACGUGGAAGAGCUGCAGAAGAAACACGAACAGGAGAAAACUCAACAGACAGAAAAGUUUCAGGCUGCCGAGAACGUCCUCAAGGGAGAAGUGGAGCAGCUGACGGCAGAUCUGCAGGUUUAUAACGAGCUCAGACAGAGAGUCCAGGACUCCACGUUUAAGAAAGACCUGCAGAGAAAUAUUCAGGCCCACGGCAGCCCAGGUGCAUUCUGGGAGUCUGAGCAGGAGUCUCUGGUGUUUGUGAUUGAGAUGAAGAGCGAGCGCGUGCAGGAUCAGAGCAGGAAGCUGCAGCAGAUGGACGCUCUGGUAGGAAAACCAACA